AUGGCGGUGCCGGCCCGGUGGGUGCUGUGCCUGUGCCUGGGCUGGGGCUGCCUGUGCCUGGCGCUGCCGGACCCGCGACCGGACCGGCCUGGGCUGGGGCGGCGGGCGGCAACGGGGGCCCCGCGGGGUGAGCCCGGCCCGGGGCAGCGGCGGCACCACCACGGGCAGGGGCGGCUGGCAGAGCACAUGCUGCGGCUCUACGAGCAGUAUCGAGGGAGCCGGGACCCGCCGGGGCCGCCGCUCCGCCGGGGCAACACCGUGCGCGGCUUCCGACCGCUGCCCGCAGGGAGGCCGGAGGGGCAGGAAAUGUACGUUUUUAACCUGACAUCACUGACAGAGUCUGAGGACGUGCUGUCGGCCUCGGUGUAUUAUCACAUUGGAGAUCUGCUGGGGGUCAGGUGGAACUGCUCCCAGCCCAGCAGCUGCUCCCAGCACAGCCAGGGGACACCUGACAUUCACAUGUGGCUGUCGCUCUGGACCUUUCCUUCUGCUGGGAACCAGACCCGGAGCCUGGGACACUUUCUGAUAAACGUCUCCAGUGCCUCCCAGGACGUCCUUUCCUGGCAGUGGCAGGACAUCACUGGGCUCCUGCACAAGGCAAAGCGAAACAAGGAACUGCUGAUGGGUGUGAAAAUGGCUCUGAGGAGCCAGCAGCCCUGGGCAAGGGCACCUCCUUGCUGUGAGCCCUACAUCCUGAUCUAUGCCAACGACUCAGCCAUCGCAGAGCCAGAGAGCGUCGUGUCCACCCUGCGAGGGCACCGUGCCCCUCUGGCAGGAGUCCUGCCCAGGGCAGACAGCCGGGUGAGGAGCAGCCAGGUGAGGAGCAGCCCUGGGAAGCAGCGGAGGACUCGCUCUGCAGCCCCCCUGCUGCCCUUGCAGAACAACGAGCUGCCAGGGGCUGAGGAGCGCUCCGGCCAUGAGGAGACGUGGGAGGGCAGGAAACCCUACAGAACCCUCCAGCCACAGCUGGCACAGAGGGCCAGGAGCAAGAAGAAGCCGAGGAAGAAGCACGCCCAGCAGAGUCAGAGCCUGCAGUUCGAUGAGCAGACACUGAAGGCAGCCAGGAGGCGGCAGUGGGACGAGCCCAGGGCCUGUGCCCGGCGCUACCUCAGGGUGGACUUUGCGGACAUCGGCUGGAGCGAGUGGAUCAUCUCCCCCAAGGCCUUCGAUGCCUACUACUGCUCGGGGCAGUGCCAGUUCCCCAUCCCUAAGGCGCUGAGGCCGUCCAACCACGCCACCCUGCAGAGCAUCGUGCGCGCCGUGGGAGUGGUGCCCGGCGUGCCCCAGCCCUGCUGCGUGCCCGACACCAUGGGCUCCCUCAGCAUCCUCUUCUGGGACCACAACGGCAACGUGCUGCUCAAGGUCUACCCCAACAUGACGGUGCAGUCGUGUGCCUGCAGAUAACCCCGGGGCAGAAAGGAAA